AUGAAUGCGUUUUUUGAUGGAUAUGUAAAUCCAAAAACUACAUUGAAGCAAUUCGUUGAACAAUAUGACAAUGCCUUGAGAAAUAAGGUAGAGAAAGAGAAGAAAGCAGACUUCAAGUCUCGACACAAAUUGUUUGAUUGCCUAACUAUAUACGGGUUUGAGUGGGUCUUAGAUGUUAACUCAUUUCUUCAGAAGAAUGUGAAAUUUCCUCCUCCUCCACCAUAUCAGAUUACUAGCUCUCAUCUAUCCUCAGAAUUCUUUACGCAAAGAGGAGAAAUGGAGGUUGAUUCAAAUGUUGAAGGUGAGAAUCCUUUAAUAAAUGAGGGCAAACACGUUGAAGAACCUAAAAAGGGUAUGUGUUUUAGCUCAAGGGAAGAGGUGUACACAUUUUAUGGCAAAUAUGCUAAGCAUGUCGGAUUUGCUAUAGCUCAUAGAGCACAACAUUUUGGAGAUGAUGGGCAAUUGCUAAACUUUGCAAUUGAAUGUUCUCGAGCGGGGCAGAGAAGAAAGACAUCAGAACUCAACCCUCUGAAGCCAUGUUUGUCCACAAAAAUUGGUUGCACAGCAAGGAGAAGAUUAGAAAUUAAUGACGAAGCAGGGAUUGGGGUGUCUAAGAACUUUCAUUCAAUGGUUGUCGAAGCAGGGGGAUACGAGUCAUUGACAUUUGACGAGCGAGACGCAAGAAAUUACAUUGAGAGAGCUAGAAGAAACUUGUUUUGGGCUGAUGCAAGGAGUCGAGCGACUUAUGAAGCAUUUGGAGAUGUUGUUUCAUUUGACACAACUUAUUUGACGAACAAAUAUGACAUGCCAUUUGCUCCAUUUGUCGGAGUUAAUCACCGUGGUCAGUCCAUUUUGCUUGGUUGUGGAUUGUUGUCUAGUGAAGACACUAACACAUUUGUUUGGCUAUUCAAGUCAUGGUUAAGUUGCAUGUCAAAUCAUCCGCCAAAAGCUAUCAUAACUGAUCAGUGUAGAGCUAUGCAAAAUGCUAUAAAAAUUGUGUUUCCGCAAACUCGACAUCGGUGGUGCUUAUGGCAUAUCAUGAAGAAAAUUCCAGAGAAGUUGAAAGGAUAUGCUCAAUAUGAAGCCAUAAAGUUGGCUAUGCAAAAUGCAGUUUAUGACUGUUUGACAAGAGCUGAAUUUGAGAGUAAAUGGGAAGAGAUGCUUGCAACAUUCAAUCUUUAUGAUAAUGAGUGGUUGGGGGUACUAUAUGAUGAGCGGAAUCGAUGGGUACCUGUUUAUGUUAAAGACAUUUUUUGGGCUGGCAUGUAA